UGGAAAUCGUUGCAGUUGACAAUAUAUUUUACAUCGAAACAAAAAAUAGUCAUCAUUCUGAGGGAGUGAAACCAUAGCCGUUUGAAAGUGUAUGCUUGUUGUUUUAACCCAGAGUGAAGCGAAUGAUUCAGAUGGCCGUUUAAACAAAGUAAACUUUGAGAAGGUAAACAGUUCACACUGGUCAGCUGACUAUUAUAGGUCCUUGAACUGAAUUAUUUAUCGAGAAAUUGAAGUGCCAGCAUUUCUCGAACGCUAUGGCCGAAGCCUUCAACGUUCCUAGUGUUGCAGAAUUAGUUGCGGAGGCACGACGUGUGUACCAGGAGAACUUCGGGGGAGAUGGUCCUGAUAUUGCGGUGUGCGCCCCGGGUCGGGUCAACUUGAUCGGUGAACACACUGAUUAUAACGGAGGAUUUGUCUUGCCAAUGGCCUUGCCUAUGGUCACAGUUGUGGUCGGCAGCCGAAGCACGGGCCGAAGUUGCUCCAUCGUAACAGUGACCGAGGGGGCGGGUGAACUCCGUAAAGUGGACUUCGAUCUGCCGACUGCCGAUGCCCCCCUGACGCGCGGCCAGCCCAGCUGGGCGAAUUACGUUAAAGGAGUGGUGCAUCACUACAGAGCCCAGCCCUUGCCUGGGUUUAGAGCCGUCAUAGCCAGCAGUGUCCCUUUGGGAGGGGGUUUAUCCAGCUCCGCAUCGCUGGAAGUCGCGACAUACACUUUCCUCCAGCAGCUGAAUCCUGAUGACGGUGAUAAAGUGGCAAAGGCCCUGGCAUGCCAGCAGGCUGAGCACACCCACGCCGGCGUGCCCUGUGGCAUCAUGGACCAGUUUGUGUCCGUCCUUGGCAAGGAGGGUCACGCCCUGCUUAUAGACUGCAGGUCUUUGGAGGCCACCGCGGUUCCUCUGUCUGACCCUGGGCUGGUUGUCCUCAUUACCAACUCUAACGUGAGACACGCUCUGACCGGCAGCGAGUACCCCACACGCCGCAGGCAGUGUGAGGAGGCAGCAGCCGUCCUGGGCAAGAGCAGCCUUAGAGAGGCCACACUACAGGACCUGGAGGCCGCCAAGGCUCGUUUGGACGACGUCACCUAUCGCCGAGCGCGUCAUGUGAUUGAGGAGAUCGCCCGCACCGCGCAGGCGGCCGAGGCGCUUAAGAGAGGGGCGUACAGAGAGUUCGGAAAACUCAUGGUGGAGAGUCACAACUCUCUCAGGGACCAUUAUGAGGUGAGCUGUGUGGAGCUGGAUGAGCUGGUGGCCGUGGCCAUGGAGGUGGAGGGUGUGUUUGGGAGUCGGAUGACCGGGGGAGGCUUUGGAGGGUGCACUGUCUCUCUGGUCCAGGCUGAUGCUGCAGACAGAGCCAUGCAGCACAUUAAGGAGAGAUACAGUGGAUCACCCACUUUUUACAUCACUUCCCCAUCUGAGGGGGCACGGGUCCUCAGCCUCUGAAUCACAAACACAAAACAGGAAAAUACUUGAACAAAAAACCCCCAAACACCUUAGAGGUGACUUCGAUGCUUUUUAUGCAGAGAGCUUUUUAUGCAAAGUGACUUGCUUUUUGGUGCCAAAUUUUCAAUGCGCAAAACUGAUGAAGUGUACAGUAAAGAUUUUUUUUUUCUUUUUGAAAUAAACACA